AUGGCUCCGCGAGGGAAACAGAAGACUGUCCCAUCAAAGGGCGACAACGAUCAAUCAACAAAGCCCCAUCCGCCAGAUUGGCCUCCUCUGGCCCCUCUCGUGCCCCAGGAGCAGCUGUUGAUCGAGACUGUGGUUCCCGGCCAGAUCUUGGUCAUCCGAAACCUGCUCACUUCCAACUUAUGCAGAAUCUAUGUAUCUUUCCUGUCUUCUUUGCCCUUGGCUACGACGCCGGGCCGGCCAAAGCGAGGGGAGGCAACCCGAAUCAGUGACCGCUUCCAGAUUGACGAUUCGGCCUUUGCCAAGAUCCUUUGGGAGCACAGCGGGAUGCAGCAUCUGGUGAGCUCCUUCGAAGAUCAGGCUGUGUUUGGGGGCAGUGUGAUUGGACUGAAUCCAAAUAUAAGAGUCUACCGGUAUCGACCGGGUCAAUUCUUCGACAAGCAUUAUGAUGAGAGCAAUAAAUUACAGUUUGGCGAGGAAAAGCUACCGGCAAAAACCAGCUGGACUCUCCUCGUCUAUCUUACAACAUGCGAAGGCGGUGAGACCGCUUUCUACCCAGAAGCUCUGCAAAAAGGCGACAGACCACCAGAUCCGAUUGUUGUUGGACCUGAGACUGGGAUGGCUCUCCUCCACAAACAUGGCAAUGACUGUCUCCUGCAUGAAGGUAGAGAGGUCAAGAGUGGCGAGAAGUGGGUAUUGAGGAGCGAUCUGGUUGUGCAGAGAUGA